GACGUCAUUUCCGCACCCCGCGGGCAGGGCGAGGGCUGGACCUCGCCACCCCGGCGGGCUGCGGCGCGAGGAGUUCCGGCUGCAGGAUGAGCGAGGCGGACGGGCUGCGGCAGCGCCGGCCGCUACGGCCCCAGGUCGUCACGGACGACAGCCCGGCCUCGGAGGCCAAGGACGGCAGCUCCUUUAGCGGCAGAGUCUUCCGAAUGACCUUCUUGGUGCUGGCUGCGUCCCUCAUCCUGCCGCUGCUUGGAGCCAUGAAGCUGCUGGAGUCGCCCAUCGACCCCCAGCCUCUCAGCUUCAAAGAACCUCCUCUGCUGCUUGGUGUCCUGCAACCAAAUACGAAGUUGCGGCAGGCGGAAAGGCUGUUUGAGAAUCAGCUUAUUGGGCCGGAGUCCAUAGCAAAUAUCGGGGAUGUGCUCUUCACUGGUACAGCUGAUGGCCGGGUCCUGAAACUUGAAAAUGGCGAAGUAGAGACCAUCGCCCGGUUUGGCUCAGGCCCAUGCAAGACCCGAGAGGAUGAGCCCGCCUGUGGGAGGCCCCUGGGCAUCCGUGCGGGGCCCAACGGCACUCUGUUUGUGGCCGAUGCAUACAAGGGGCUGUUUGAAGUCAAUCCCCGGAAACGGGAAGUGAAGUUGCUGUUGUCCUCUGAGACACCCAUUGAGGGGAGGAAAAUGUCUUUUGUGAAUGACCUUGCCAUCACUCGGGACGGGCGGAAGAUUUACUUCACUGAUUCCAGCAGCAAGUGGCAGAGGCGAGAUUUCCUGCUGCUGGUUAUGGAAGGCACUGAUGAUGGCCGGCUGCUGGAGUAUGACACUGAGACCCAGGAGGUGCGGGUGCUCCUAGACCAGCUGCAGUUUCCCAACGGGGUGCAGCUGUCUCCAGAGGAGGACUUCGUCCUGGUGUCAGAAACGACCAUGGCAAGGAUACGCAGGGUCUAUGUGUCAGGCCUGAUGAAGGGCGGGGCUGACCUGUUUGUGGAGAACUUGCCUGGUUUCCCCGACAAUAUCCGACCCAGCAGCUCCGGGGGCUACUGGGUCGCCAUGUCCACCAUCCGUCAGAACCCCGGGUUCUCUAUGCUGGACUUCCUAGCGGAGAAGCCCUGGAUCAAAAAGAUGAUUUUCAAGCUGCUCAGUCAGGAGACGGUGUUGAAGUUCGUGCCACGGUACAGCCUGGUACUGGAGCUCAGUGACAGCGGCGCCUUCCGCAGAAGCCUGCACGACCCCGACGGGCUGGUGGCCACCUACAUCAGUGAGGUGCACGAGCACGACGGCCACCUCUACCUCGGCUCCUUCCGGUCGCCCUUUCUCUGCAGGCUCAGCUUGCAGUCAAUCUAGACCUGGCUUGUGCGGAGGAGCUGGUGCAGCUGUGGGCACAGCUGUGCCAGCACCUGUGCGUCCCCGGAGGCAUGGAUGGAAAGGCAGCUGCAGCCCGAGGGGACCUGUCUCCUGGGAGUGACUUCACCUUUAGAGGGAAGAUUAAUUCAUAGAAAGCCAUUUUCUCUUAAAAGAACAAAUAAUGUUUCUAGGCACUGUCUUUCUCUAGGAUGUGGGCCACUUGCUUUGCCUGUGGAACUCAGGGUUGGUGGCCAGAGCCACUGAAGAGCUGCCAGAGCUCACUGUGCUCCUGGUCUGUCCUGAGGCCUUGGUGUACCUCUCAGGGGGACAUGUGCUUGCAGGGUGGCACAGAAGGGCCAGGGAGCACAGUGUGAGUGUGGGAUACAGCCUGGGUUCCCACACCAUGUGUGGGGUCCCCAGCUUCACCUGCUGCCACCUGGCAUCUCUGCACAGCAGAGGGUUCCAGACCUGAGCAGGUGGAGAGAAGGAAGGCCUUCAGAUCAGUGUGGGAGGCCCGUGUGGGUUCUUCUGUGAGUACUGACCCUGUGGGAGCCUGCACCACGGAGUCGACUGGGAAUGUGCUGUCUCUGCAGUUGUUCUGCCCCUCAGACCCUGUGGGCAGUGCAUGUGUGAAGUCCCAUCUCCCACUAGCGUCUCAUCCCAACUGCUGUACGUCUUGACGGGUCGACACACUGGUCUUACUUUUGAUAAUAAUAAAAAAUAGUUUUAAACUCA